CUAAAUUUUGUCUGGCUUCCUAGCUUCAUCCAAGCACUAGAAUAGUAAUCGUAUACCUAGAAUUGAAAAGGAGAGCAACAAUGGAUCCGACGAUGACAGGUGAUCUAAUGAAUCUAGAAUUGGGGGACGUAUUGUUCGAAAAGGCCAUGAAAGGGAGAUGGGUUGAAGUCGUCGAUAUAUGUACGCAAAACCCAUGGUCGCUGGUGGCCGGGAUCACCAGGUUGAAGGACACACUGUUACACCUAGCUGUCUCCUACGGUCAAGUGGAGACGGUCCGAAACCUCACAGAUAUCAUCAUGUCCAGUCAACCAAAUCCCGAAUUGCUACUCGGGACUAAAAACGAGAGAGGGAACACCGCUCUCCAUAUUGCUGCACUAAUGGGGAAUGAGGCCAUGUGUGACUGCAUAGCAAGAGUUGAUCCUCCAAUAUUAAUCGGAGAACGUAACAAUGAGGGAGAGACUCCUCUUUACACGGCAGUGUUGUUCGGCCAAAAACAAGCCUUCCAAUGUCUCUACGAUUUGUGUCCCGCAAAUGAGCGCUACAGUUAUUCCAGGAAAACACGUGGUGACACGAUUCUUCACCGCGCCAUUUCUGGAGACCAUUUGGAUUUGGCAUUGCGAAUAAUUGAGUUGUACGGGAAAGUACUGGUAAACGCAGUCGAUGAGGAUGGAAUCACACCUCUCCAUCUACUAGCGGACAAGCCUUCAGCUUUCCCAAGCGGCAGCCGCCUUGGAUUUUUCCAACGAAUUAUUUAUAAGUGCAUAUAUGUUGACGAGCACAAGGUGAUGGAACCGGAUGAUCAUUUUUUCCAGCGCUCUAUGCGACCGAUAGAUCAAAGGAAUCCAAAUAAUUAUCCUGAGAACUACAGAACAUGCAACGACUUCUAUCGAUUGUUUUGGAAUUUCUUUACAUUUUUACGACACGCAAUGGGAAGAGAAGUACAGCCCGCUAAAGAGAACCCUGAAAUCGCAAUGGGAUUACAUGUUGAAGUACAGACUGAAGAGAACCCUGAAAUAACAAUGGGAUUACAUCAUGUUGAAGUACAGACCGCUGAAGAGAACCCAGAAUCCAAAGGCGCUACCAAUGAAGCAGCUUGGAACCGUCGAUUUUUUCCAGCUAAUUAUGACGUUUGCUGCAAUUUUCUCAAGCUUGCAAACAGGAUAGUGUUGAUCGUUCUUGGAGGGGGAUUUCCCGCUAUAAGGAAGAUAUACGAGGAGAAACAGCAGCACAAACUGUCUAUUCAGAUCAUGGACCAUCUUCUAGAGGGUGCUAGCAUGUCGGAAUUUUAUCACGCUGGGAAGACGCCCUCACAACCGUCAGAUAUAGCCAAAUAUACAGUACCGGCCAGAUCAAAAGACGAUCUGCAGGAAACAGACGGUAUAGACCCGAUCAAAGCGAUUAAUACUAAUCAUGAUCAUUCUGAAGCUGAUCAGAACAGAGAAGAAGGCGAGGAAGGAAGGAAACAUGAAGCUAGUAGACAGCAAACCAAUUCUAGUGGAGGGAUUAGUAGAGAGUCCGUACCGGAUGCAGGGAAGAAAAUAAUGACGAAAAGUGAACCCGAGACUGCAAUAUUAAUCGCUACUAAAAAUGGUGUUAAAGAAAUUGUGGAGAAAAUUCUGGAUUUGGUUCCGGUUGCCAUAAACGAUGUGAACGCAGAAAACAAGAAUGCAGUGCUGUUGGCAGUAGAGAACAGGCAACCCCAAAUAUAUAAACUCUUGUGGGAAAGAAAUAUCCCGAAUAAAUUAGACAGCGUGUUUCGUGUAGUGGAUAAGAAAGGGAAUAGUGCCUUUCAUCUCGCGGCAAAGCUUGAUGCAGCCUAUAAGCCUUGGCUAAUUCCUGGGGAAGCCUUGCAAAUGCAAUGGGAGAUGAAGUGGUAUGAGUUUGUGACCACGUCCAUUCCCUCUAACUUCGUUCACCGCUACAACAACAAGGGCAAGACCCCUGAGGAAGUGUUCAUCACAACUCACAAGAACCUUGUCAAGAAAGGUGGUGAGUGGUUAACCAAAACCGCCCAAUCCUACUCCGUCGUCGCAGCACUCAUUGCCACCGUGGCCUUCGCCACCUCCACCACAGUGCCUGGAGGCCUCAAGCAGGAUACCGGCAAUCCAACGCUGGAAAACAAACCCGCGUUCCACCUCUUUGCCAUCUCAUCACUUGUUGCGCUCUGCUUCUCGGUCACGGCCUUGGUCAUGUUCCUUUCCAUCUUAACAUCACGAACUCAAGAGAGAGAUUUUGGAAAGGACUUGCCUAGGAAGCUUUUGAUAGGUUUAACGUCGCUGUUUGUUUCCAUAGCUGCGGUGUUGACUUCGUUCUGCUCGGGACAUUUCUUUGUGGUACAGAAUAAUGAUCUCAAGUACGUAGCAUUUGCAGUGUAUGCAGCAACAUGCCUGCCAGUAACUUUUUUUGCUGCAGUGCAAUUUCCGCUAUAUUUUGAUCUUAUACAUGCUACCUUUACGAAGGUGCCACGACGAAGCUAUAAGGCAACUCUCUAAUUAAUGUCCCUUUUUCCCAUUUGUUUCCUUUUCCUUUCUCUUUUCUCUUUUUCCAUUUUA